AUGGCAGUUCCCACAAUCUGCGAAAGCUUAGUGCAGGUUCCUAGCUCAGAUAGCGGAGGCAUUUCUCACGGCCGGUUCACCAUCACCCUAACCGGCGAUGAAGAGGACACAAAGAGCAUCUAUUGCCAGCCCGAGCCCACCUACGACAGCCUGAGCACCAGCAACCUGACCCAAAGCAGCACCUUUAACCUGAGAACCUUCGGCUAUAACACCCUCGAUGCAGUGCCUAAUUAUGAGCAUUAUGUUAACACCCACAUGACCGGGCAGGAGAAGAAAAGCAGGCCCACCCUAGCAGACCUCCGUUGCUACAUCAUGGAUAUGGGACAAUAUCCACCCCCAUUGUAUGAGAAUAGACCUGAUGAUGAACUUGGCAAAGAAGAAAGGGAGGUACAAUUGAAUAGCAAUAAACUUGCAGAAGAACCUGUCCGAUUUGGCUGGAUAAAAGGUGUUCUGAUUCGAUGCAUGUUAAAUAUCUGGGGAGUUAUUUUGUAUUUGCGAUUGUCAUGGAUUACUGCACAGGCUGGAAUAGCAUUAACAUGGUUAAUCAUUAUCAUGUCCGUAAUUGUAACCAGCAUUACAGGUCUGUCCAUAUCAGCAAUAUCUACAAAUGGCAAAGUCAAAUCAGGUGGUACAUAUUUCCUCAUCUCUCGGAGCCUUGGACCGGAGCUUGGAGGUUCCAUCGGUCUCAUCUUUGCUUUUGCAAAUGCGGUUGCAGUUUCUAUGCAUACUGUUGGCUUUGCUGAGACCGUGAGAGACCUGCUCAUUGAGUACAAUGCAACAAUUGUGGAUCCCACAAAUGAUAUCCGGAUUAUUGGAGUCAUAACAGUAACGGUGCUACUUGGGAUUUCACUAGCUGGAAUGGAAUGGGAAGCAAAGGCACAGGUUGGCUUCUUCUUUGUGAUCAUGGUUUCCUUUGCAAACUACAUCGUGGGCACUAUUAUCCCAGCUUCAAAAGAAAAACAAGCCAAAGGCUUCUUUAGUUAUAGAGCUGAUAUAUUUGCCCAAAACUUUUUGCCUAACUGGCGAGGUGAUGAUGCAUCGUUCUUUGGCAUGUUUUCCAUUUUCUUUCCCUCUGCAACUGGCAUCCUGGCAGGUGCAAACAUCUCUGGUGACUUGAAGGAUCCUGCUAUAUCCAUUCCGAAGGGAACCUUGUCGGCCAUUUUUUGGACAGCCUUUUCCUACCUUGUAAUCACUGCUACCAUUGGAUCUUGUGUGAUACGUGAUGCCUCUGGAAGUGUGAAUGACAGCAUUCCAAUUGGGUCAAUGGAUUGUGAGGGCCUUGCCUGUGAUUAUGGAUGGAACUUCACCAAAUGCACUCAGGCUGGUACUUGUAAAUAUGGACUUAGUAACUACUACCAGACCAUGAGUCUAGUUUCUGGAUUUGCCCCUUUGAUUACAGCUGGAAUCUUUGGAGCUACCCUUUCCUCGGCUCUUGCCUGCCUCGUGUCUGCACCCAAAGUCUUCCAGUGUUUGUGCAAAGAUAAUCUUUAUCCUGGUAUUGGCUUUUUUGGAAAGGGCUUUGGAAAGAACAAUGAGCCCAUUUACAGUUACCUCCUCACCUAUGUCAUUGCUGUUGGUUUCGUUCUCGUUGCGGAACUGAAUACGAUUGCUCCCAUCAUCUCCAACUUUUUCCUGUGCUCAUACGCUCUCAUCAAUUUUAGUUGCUUCCAUGCUUCAGUUACCAACUCCCCAGGUUGGAGACCUUCAUUCAGAUAUUACAACAAGUGGGCCUCCCUGUUUUGUGCAGUCAUUUCUGUGGUUAUCAUGUUCUUGCUGACGUGGUGGGCAGCCCUUAUAGCUAUUGGAAUUGUUGGCUUCCUUCUGGCUUAUGCAUUGUACAAAAAGCCUGCUGUAAAUUGGGGGUCAUCCAUUCAAGCUGGUUCCUAUAACAUGGCCCUCUCCUAUUGUGUGGGGCUGAAUGAAGUGGAUGAUCACAUUAAAAAUUACAGGCCUCAGUGCUUGGUUCUUACUGGUCCUCCUAACUUUCGUCCAGCAUUGAUAGAUUUUGUGGGGACUGUCACCAAAAACCACAGUUUGAUGGUGUGCGGUAAUGUGCUAAUCGGUCCUCACAAGGAAAAGGUGUCUGAGAUAUCCUCAAAUGGACACAUCAAGUGGUUGACCAAGAGGAAGAUCAAAUCCUUUUAUACAAGUGUGGCAGCAAAUGAUUUACGAAGUGGAACACAAAUGCUAAUGCAGGCUGUAGGUCUUGGGAGGAUGAAGCCCAACGUACUUGUGAUGGGAUUUAAAAGGAAUUGGCAAUCUGAUCAUCCACAGAAUGUGGAAAAUUACAUUGGCAUCAUCUAUGACUCUUUCGACUUUAAUUAUGGUGUAUGCAUGAUGAGAAUGAAGCAUGGCCUUAACAUUUCAAGAAUGAUGCAGGCACAUGUGGACUCCAGUGCGGUUGUUGUUGCGCAACAGGCCAGUACCAUCUUCCAGUUGGAGCAAGGCAAAAAGACCAUUGACAUCUACUGGCUCUUUGAUGAUGGAGGCCUCACCCUCUUAAUCCCAUAUUUGCUCACUCGCAAGAAGAGGUGGCGCAGUUGCAAUGUUCGUGUAUUUGUGGGAGGUCAGAUCAAUCGUAUGGAUGAGGAGAGAAAGGCGAUGAUUACGCUGUUAAGCAAAUUCCGCCUUGGUUUCCAUGAGGUCCAUGUACUACCAGACAUCAACCAGAAACCACGUCCUGAACAUUUAAAGAGGUUCGAGGAUCUGAUCGCUCCCUACAGACUGAAUGAUGGUUUCAAGGAUGAAGCCGUUGUUAACGAGCUGAGGAAAGAUUGUCCUUGGAAGAUCUCAGAUGAGGAGAUUAAGAAUAGCAACACAAAAUCACUCCGACAGGUGAGACUGAAUGAGAUCUUAUUGGAUUACUCCCGUGAUGCUGCGCUUGUAGUUGUUACAAUGCCUGUUGCAAGAAAGGAUAAAUGCCCAAGCACACUGUACAUGGCAUGGCUGGAGAUACUUUCUCAGGACUUGCGUUCCCCUGUCCACUUAAUCAGAGGAAACCAGCAAAAUGUCCUGACCUUCUACUGUCAAUGA